AUGGAGGCGCAACCCGCAAAAUGGACCGAGGAACAACUGCUACGCCGACAAGUGCUCGCAGAGCGACUCUCGCGUGUUUGGCAUAUCGGCAAUUUGAACUUGGAUCGAAAUCAACUGACACUCGAGUACAACGACAUCACCAGAAAACUCCUGGCACUCAAUGACCGCCGGGUGGAUCCACUUUUCACUUUUCCCGUAGAGAUUUGGUUGCAGAUCAUCAAUGAGAUAUUAUGCCAAGACACUUUAUGGAGGAGAAUAAAGGCACUACAGCAGCUUACGGCCGUCUCUACUAGAUGGCGGCGCCUUCUUACCUGCGAGCCCAGCUUCUGGACGCAGAUUGACACUUCUAAUGCGAGUCUUCAAAGGCUGAUCAUGCUGUGUAUUGAACGGUCACGCGAGACGGAAAUCUCUGUCAAGGGUUAUUUCGAGGAUUCGGCGUGGCGCAUCAACAUGGGUCCAAUCAUCGUCCCGCACUCGAAGCGCAUCAGGAAACUCGUAUGUUGCUAUUGGACCUGUAGUACGGGUCGGCCUACGCGUCUUCUCGAACUCUUCCCCGCAACUCCCGCUCUCAAAUCAUUGGUGAUGCAUCUCGAACAUAUCACCACUGGAGACUCGACGACAUACUCACGUAGUGUAGGGGAAUUUAUUCAGCAGAAUCCUCAGCUGGCCGACAUCCAAGGUGCCUCUCUUGGAAUGCUCCAACCUGAUUCACAUCCUCAAUUAAUUAGUGUUUCUCUUGGAUGUGAAGCGACGCAGAUGAUUCCGAUACUUCAGACACUCCCAAAUCUUCGUUCCGUCUCUUUCUGCCCUAUGGAGCAUCAUGGAGGCCCGCAAUCCUUUGAUAGUGUAUCACUGCGGUGGACGGAAGUGUCUUACUUACAAAGAAACUUCAGUGAAGGAAUCCGUUUGAUCAGCCAGAUGCGCUCCACUUUGCGCCAACUGCACUUUAGCGUGGACGCACAGCAUCUUCGAAGCUUUUUGGAGACCAUAAUAUCUCUAAAGUCCCUGGAGAUAUUGAAGAUUGAGCUUGUGGUCACAGAAAUAUCAUCACUACUGCUCUACCCUCUAAUCGAUGACCCUCCAGUCGGUGACUCCAGCGUGCGAGAGGUCAAGGUCGUGCUACUUCCGCCCGUACGAUCAGCCAUGGAGAGAAAGUUCAGAGGAGAUGCUCAAACCUUUUGGGACUGGCUCUUCUCGUGCAUACCGAACACGGAAACGCUCUCCCUACCAUUCGUAUACCAGGGCACCAUGGUUCCUCUGGUGAAACUCCAGAAUCUUCGCGAGUUCUGCUGUCCAACUCCCAUUCGUUAUAGGCUACACGAGUUUGAGCGCUGCUGUCAUCUUCGAGAGCUGAAUAUCCACUGUGCGACGUUGACGUUUCACAUGCUUUCCUCGGAAACGGUACGAAAGCUGACAAUCACCUUUACCGAAACGUAUCCCAUCGCAUUUUGGGACUUCAUGUGGCCAAGUUUGACAGACUUGGACCUGCGAUUGGCAUUUGACUCGACGGACAAGUCUAUUACAUUCGACUUGCCGAUACUACGGAGCAUUACAGUUCAUGGAAAGUUACAACCUGUCACUGCGGUGACCAAGUCGUUGGCUUGCGACGCGUACAAACUGCCGUCCCUGGAACAACUAUCAUUCCCUCAUUGGUACCCAGAAUUGGAUAUUCUCUUCAUCUUGUUGGAAAGGAGACUCCUCUCGAGAAAGUUGACCCCGGUCCUACGGUUGACUUUGACGGACGCCAUCCCGGCUCAUAUACGAUUGCCCUUGGUAGACCGAGUACAUGGAUUCCUCACGUCUAGACCGACGCUCUUCGAGUUCUCACUGGACGCCCGCGCCCAAAAGUCUAUUACUCACGCGUGA